GGGAUUUUCCUUGGGAUUUUCUAUGAUAUCAAGAAAAUAUGUAUUUUCUGUUUUUUUUUUCUAUUUUAAUCUAUUUUGUGGGUCAAUUCGUGUUUUCAAUCUCUAAUAAAGCCUUUACCUUCCGAUUUUAGACGAAACUUCAUCAAGAUUUUGCUGCUCUUGUAAAUUAAAUUACUUUGAUAUUUGCGUUUUCAAAAUAAAAAUCAAAUUUUUCGCCACUCUUUUUUGUCAAACAGAAUUCUUCACUGAAAAUCCAGAUUUUGCGUAAAGUUAAUUUAUGGCUAAACCCAAAGAGGUUCAUGAAUUUUGAGAAACAUUUCUAAAGCAAGGCAGUUUCAGCCAGAUGUCCAUUGUUAUUCAGAAGCUUGAAUUGAUUUAAAAUCAUCUUUAGAACAUUCUUAAAAAGCCCAAUUCAAUUACAAGUCUGUCAAAUGUCUAAUAAUGACAGUUUGAUCUCAGUGAGCCAAAGUAGACGCACUUUUACGACGCACAGGUGCUCUGAUUGGCAGACGCGUAAGAAAUUGGCCACCGAUCGCGAUGUUACAGUGUGAGGAUGAUGUGAUAUGGUCGAGAUGAAGGUUGGGGGCUUUAGACAAUGGUUUGCGGCAUCAUGAGAGGUAGCCGUAGCAGAUUUGGACUCGUAUAAAAAGACCAUCACCAUGGCGAAGAUGUAUCAGAAAGUGUUGAGUGUUUGUUCAGUCACAACAUCCCAAAAACCACAACAGAACCAUGAAGGCCAUCAUCGCUCUUGCCCUCCUCGUUGGCGUCGCCCUUGCUGCUCCUCCUCGUCAGGUCGAUGCUGACAGGAACGCCGUCGUCCUCCGCUACGAGAGCGACAACAUUGGUGUUGAUGGAUACAGAUUCGCCUACGAGACCAGCAACGGACUCGCCCAGCAGGAGGAGGCUCAGCUGAAGAACGUGGGAACCGAGCACGAGGCCCUUGUGGUGCGUGGAUCCUUCUCCUACGUUGGCCCUGAUGGCGUCACCUAUGUGGUGAACUACGUCGCCGACGAGAACGGUUUCCAACCUCAGGGAGCUCACCUUCCAGUGGCCUAAGAAGUUCACCUUCUGCAGCUCUUCACUGCCAAAAAUCCGCAUCCAACAGUCACACAAGAUAGCUUAAUCCCCAGGAAUGGGUGAAGAAUUCCCUCAACCUCUUUGUAAAUACCUUCAAGACAACAACCUUUCACGCAGUGGUCGAGCAGCAGUUUUUAUAAAAGUGCUGCUUCGAGCCAAAAAAGGGAGAAAACAAAUGUAAUAAAAUAGUCUUUUUUGUAAGGAAAAGAAGAAGAUGCAUCAAU